UCGAGCCUACUUUCUCAUUCACUACCAUCUCCGAAUCUGAUCCCACCAUCUCUCUAAUCUGAGUGGCAUCGAAUUUGAUUCCCGCAGAUAUCUUCCGAAAGAGAAGCAAGUAGAGAUCAGUCUGAUCAGCAAUCAUGGCGGGUCGGAACAUAGAGAAGAUGGCAUCAAUUGAUGCGCAGCUACGACAACUGGCUCCCGCUAAAGUGAGUGAAGACGACAAGCUUAUCGAGUACGAUGCUCUUCUCCUCGACCGCUUCCUCGACAUUCUCCAGGAUCUUCACGGCGAGGAUCUCCGUGAAACGGUUCAAGAGCUAUACGAGCUAUCUGCUGAGUAUGAAGGCAAACGUGAGCCUAAGAAGCUUGAGGAGCUAGGGAAAGUCCUCACCAGUUUGGACGCUGGUGACUCCAUUGUUAUCUCCAAGGCUUUCUCCCACAUGCUCAACUUAGCCAACUUGGCUGAGGAGGUUCAGAUUGCUUACCGCCGCAGGAUCAAGAAGCUCAAGAAAGGUGAUUUCGUUGACGAGAGCUCUGCGGCUACUGAGUCUGAUAUUGAAGAGACUUUCAAGAGGCUAGUUUCGGAUCUUGGUAAGUCUCCUGAAGAGAUCUUUGAUGCUUUGAAGAACCAGACCGUGGAUCUGGUUUUGACUGCUCAUCCUACUCAGUCUGUGCGUAGAUCUUUGCUUCAGAAGCACGGCAGGAUAAGAGACUGUCUUGCUCAGCUGUAUGCUAAGGACAUUACUCCUGAUGACAAGCAGGAGCUUGAUGAGUCUCUCCAACGAGAGAUUCAAGCUGCAUUCCGCACUGAUGAGAUUAGGAGAACACCUCCAACACCUCAAGAUGAGAUGAGGGCUGGAAUGAGCUACUUCCAUGAGACAAUCUGGAACGGUGUCCCUAAGUUCCUUCGCCGUGUGGACACUGCUCUCAAAAACAUUGGCAUUGAUGAACGUGUUCCUUACAAUGCUCCAUUGAUUCAGUUCUCUUCUUGGAUGGGCGGUGACCGUGAUGGUAAUCCGAGGGUCACGCCUGAGGUCACUAGAGAUGUGUGCUUGUUGGCUAGAAUGAUGGCUGCCAAUCUCUACUAUAACCAAAUCGAGAAUCUGAUGUUUGAGUUGUCUAUGUGGCGUUGCACUGAUGAGUUCCGAGCCAAGGCUGAUGAAAUCCACAGGAACUCAAGGAAAGAUGCUGCAAAACAUUACAUAGAAUUUUGGAAGACAAUUCCUCCAACUGAGCCAUACCGUGUGAUCCUUGGUGAUGUGAGGGACAAACUCUAUCACACACGUGAGCGCUCUCGUCAAUUGCUGAGUAAUGGAAUCUCAGACAUCCCUGAAGAAGCUACUUUCACCAAUGUGGAACAGUUCUUGGAGCCUCUUGAGCUCUGCUACCGCUCACUAUGUUCAUGCGGUGACCGUCCAAUAGCUGAUGGAACCCUUCUUGAUUUUUUGAGGCAAGUCUCCACCUUCGGACUCUCCCUUGUCAGGCUUGACAUUAGGCAAGAGUCUGAACGCCACACCGAUGUCUUGGACGCUAUCACCAAACACUUGGACGGUUCCUCGUACAGAGAAUGGUCUGAAGAACGUCGCCAAGAAUGGCUUCUAUCUGAACUAAGCGGCAAACGUCCACUUUUUGGACCAGAUCUUCCCAAAACCGAAGAAAUUGCUGAUGUUCUUGACACAUUCAAAGUCAUAUCCGAACUGCCUUCGGAUUGCUUUGGAGCUUACAUUAUCUCCAUGGCGACCUCACCUAGCGAUGUCCUUGCCGUUGAGCUUCUACAGCGCGAGUGCCACGUGAAAACGCCGCUAAGAGUUGUUCCUCUCUUUGAGAAGCUAGCUGAUCUCGAAGCCGCUCCUGCAGCUGUUUCAAGACUCUUUUCGCUAGACUGGUACAAGAACCGUAUUAACGGUAAACAAGAGGUUAUGAUUGGGUACUCAGACUCAGGGAAAGACGCUGGGCGUCUCUCAGCUGCUUGGGAGCUGUACAAAGCUCAAGAGGAGCUUGUGAAGGUUGCUAAGAAGUACGGAGUGAAGCUGACUAUGUUCCAUGGACGUGGCGGCACUGUCGGAAGAGGAGGUGGUCCUACUCAUCUUGCUAUAUUGUCUCAGCCGCCGGACACAGUUAACGGCUCGCUGAGAGUGACGGUUCAAGGUGAAGUCAUUGAGCAAUCUUUUGGAGAGGAGCACUUGUGCUUUAGAACGCUUCAGCGUUUCACAGCAGCUACUCUUGAGCAUGGGAUGAACCCUCCUGUUUCGCCUAAACCUGAGUGGCGUGCGUUGCUAGAUGCAAUGGCUGUUGUUGCUACUGAGGAGUAUCGAUGUGUGGUGUUCCAAGAACCUCGAUUUGUCGAGUACUUCCGUCUUGUAAGUACUCAUUCAUUCACAUUUAACAAUAUCUAUAGUUCAAAGCAGUUUUCAAGAACUAGCUAG